AUGACAGAAUUAUUGGUAGAAAAGCUCAACCACCGCAAAAGGAAGAAACCUAAAGGACCGACAGAGGAGGAUAACGUCCAACAGGCCUUAAGCACUUCCAACAAAAAGCUGCCUGCCAUGGGAAAACAUCAAGUUACUUGCGUCUUACUCUUCUCUGUCAUUGCCUCCCUCGGCCUUGUCUCCUUCACCUCAUGCCUUGUUGCUGAGGCUAAGAGACCCAAGAAGGGUGAUCUCAAACUGGAUAGAAAUCUGUGUUUCAUACCUGCGAGUCAUGCCUUUGGAUUCGGAGUUGCAGCAUUAAUCUGUCUCUCAAUCGCUCAAAUCAUAGGGAACAUAGUAGUCUGUGCAUAUUACUGGUCGAGACGAAAGGCUAAGAAACCAAUUCUUACUGCAAUUCUCCUAGCAUUUUCCUGCUUCGGUUCUUGCAGGAUCAGCUUUGGAGUUGUGGCUAUCUUAAUAAGCGCGGCCACGAUUAUGAGCAGAGAACAACCCUAUGGAGAAGGGUGGUUGGACGGUGAAUGCUACAGAGUUAGAGACGGAGUGUACAUAAGCUCUGGGGUUUUAAGCCUGGCUACCGUGCUGGACCUGCUUGGGGCAGCCGCCAUGAUGAUAUGGAUGAAUCAAGUUGAUCAAGGCCAUAAAGUGUGUGCACAGAAUGCGUGAAGAAAACAAAGUAACCAGUGAUAGACUCGGGAUUUUUGGAGGCUUAGUUUCAAGAGAAACGAUGGGUUUUGAACUCUGAAAGAAACAAUCAAUACCACAACUGAUAACAAAGUCAAACAACUGAACAGUGCAGAGUACAGAAGCCAAAAGGCCCAACCGAAGGCUUCAAAAGCAAUACUAGAAUUCUUUUCCAACUUGAUAUUUGAUAUACAGAACAAAGGACAAUGAGUCAGGGCCCAAAGGGGAUGGCCCACUACCCACUCCAGUUCUUCGGCCCCUUCCUAAAGUCAGAAGAACAAAAAUAUAAGAGAUGGUUCUUUUGCAUAUAUUCCCCACAAAAGUUAGUUGAUGAUGUAGAUAGACCCUCCACCACGAUAGUGAAUUUAAUUUAAUCCAGAUCUUAUAAAUGUUUUCCCUAUUCAAGCAAACUAAAGCGCCAAUUUUUUUUUUUAAGCUUCUUGGGAUCUACCUACUAAAGCUGGCUCCCUGGUCAACAAAUUGAAGUCCCAUACCACUAUACUUGGGGUUUAAUUAAAGAUUUUCAAACGUCUAUGCAGCAACAAAAAAAGAAAAACAAAAACAAAAAACAAAAACAAUAGCACGCCCUGAGAAGAAAAAGCUAAUGACAAUGAAACUUGGGACGGUUCAGAGUUCUCUCCAACAACGUUUUAUAAUGG